ACCCCGUCCGCCCCAUCGACCAGCCCAGGGACGUGCUAUGGCUACGUCGAUCCUCGGGGAAGAGCCGAGAUUUGGAACGACUCCCCUGGCCAUGCUGGCCGCCACCUGCAACAAGAUCGGCAACACCAGCCCCCUGACCACCCUGCCCGAGUCCAGCGCCUUCGCCAAAGGGGGCUUCCACCCCUGGAAACGCUCCACCUCCAGCUGCAACCUGGGCUCCAGCCUCUCGGGCUUCACGGUGGCCACGAGCAGGGGCUCCAGCGGACUGGCCAGCGGCACGGGCACGGCCAACAGCGCCUUCUGCCUGGCCUCCACCUCGCCCACCUCCUCGGCCUUCAGCAGCGACUACGGCGGCCUCUUCUCCAACUCGGCGGCGGCGGGCGUGUCCCCGCAGGAGCCCGGCGGGCAGUCGGCCUUCAUCUCCAAAGUGCACAGCUCGGCGGCCGAGAGCCUCUACCCGCGGGUGGGCAUGGCGCACCCCUACGAGUCCUGGUACAAGUCCGGCUUCCACUCCACCCUCUCGGCAGGCGAGGUGGCCAACGGGGCGGCCUCCUCCUGGUGGGACGUGCACACCAACCCGGGCUCCUGGCUGGAGGUGCAGAACCCGGCGGGGGGGCUGCAGGGCUCGCUGCACUCGGGCGCCCCCCAGGCCUCGCUCCACUCCCAGCUGGGCACCUACAACCCCGACUUCAGCUCCCUCACCCACUCCGCCUUCAGCUCCACCGGCCUGGGCUCCACGGCCGCCUCACACCUGCUCUCCACCAGCCAGCACCUCCUCACCCAGGAGGGCUUCAAGCCCGUCCUGCCCUCCUACACGGACUCCAGCGCGGCGGUGGCGGCGGCCAGCGCCAUGAUCUCGGGCGCCGCCGCCGCCGCCGCCGGGGGCGGCUCCGCCCGCUCUGCCCGCCGCUACUCGGGCCGGGCCACCUGCGACUGCCCCAACUGCCAGGAGGCCGAGCGGCUGGGGCCGGCGGGGGCCAGCCUGAGGCGCAAGGGGCGGCACAGCUGCCACAUCCCCGGCUGCGGCAAAGUCCGCCCGGACCCUGCCCCGCACCGGCCGGAGGGACGCGGGCCGCCCCGCUGCGGAGGGCGGCGGGGCCGGAGAGAGGCGCGGCCGCCCCGUCCCGUCCCGUCCCACCCGGCCAGGAAUGCAAAUAACAUCGGGAACCGGGUUCUGCCGUCGGCCACCAACCGGAAUAAAGACGUUGCGUUAAAGAAAAUACAUCUGCCGCGAAUACUAAUAACCGCGUCCCACCUCCUCCGCCCCGCUCCCGCACAAAAGCCACCGGUCAGCGCCGACACCGCCUCUGCCCCGGGGCGGCGGCGGGAGCCCGGCGGGACCGUUCGGCGGAGAGGGGGAAAGGAAGCCUCCCGGGAGAUGCACCUCGCAUCUGGCUACCCACGGCGGCACCCUUCCCCAGAACCGCUUUUCGGGAAUUUUUCUGGCCGAAAGCAUCCCGGCCAAGGUCCCUUCUCUCCCGCCCCCGCCUGGGUGCCGGCAGGUCUCCCGGCGGGCAGCGGAGGGGAGGGCGGACACGGGGGGAGCGGUUCAGCAGCUCCACUUGAGGGGGAGGACGCUAAACCGAGAAAAGCACCGGGAAAGAGAGAGAGCGAGCGAGAGCUGCCCUCCCGGGCUCCGGCGGGGAGGGAGGCGGAGGGGAGAGCCGGGCUCCUCGCCGCCUGGGCCCCGCUCGCCCCGGGCUCGCCCGUGGGCUCAGCCCAGCUCCCAUUCACAUCUCGCUCCACCCGUGGCUUCCCAUUCCCACUCCUGGCGGACGGCACCUUCAGCCCGGCUCCUCGAGCCCCUUAA